GCUCGCUCGCUCGCCCUGAAGGCAGCAACAUGGCGGAGGCUUCUUUCGGGAGUUCCAGCCCAGGGUCUCUGUCCUCGGAGGACCAUGACUUCGACCCCUCCACGGAGACGCUGGCGCAGAGCUGCGACGACGACAGGGCGCUGGAGGAGGAGGAGGUGACAGCCGCGGGCAAGGGCUUCCGCGCGGGGAUCGAGGACCUGGAGAAGGAGGGGAGCAUGCCGCUGGAGGACCUGCUGGCCUUCUACGGCUGCGAGCCCGCGCUGCCCGCCGUCGCCGACGCCAGCGUGGACAGCUCGCCGAGCGGCCUGGCCGACGAGCUUCCCGACAUGACCCUGGACAAGGAGGAGAUCGCAAAGGACCUGCUGUCGGGGGACGACGAGGAGACGCAGUCCUCGGCGGACGACCUGACCCCGUCCGUGACGCCCCACGAGGCCUCCGACUUCUUCCCGCGGCCGCUGCGAUCAAACACCACCUGUGAUGGGGACAAGGAGUCCGAGGCAGAGGACGCGGAGACGGACGGCGGCAACUCGCCCGAAGACCUGAGGAAGGAAAUAAUGAUCGGCUUGCAGUACCAGGCGGAGAUCCCCCCUUACCUCGGCGAGUACGGCGGCGGCGGUGAGGAGAGAGGGUGCGACCAGGAAGACCAGCUGCUGUGGCGCCCUGGCGUGGUCCUGGAGAGCAGAGUGAGGGAGUACCUGGUGGAGGCCUCACUGAGGACAGGGGGCCAGAAGGCGGCGGACCGGGGCGUGGCGGGCGCACUCACCAGGGACAAUGAGCAGGCGUUGUACGAACUUCUCAAGUGUAACCAUGAUGUCAAGGAAGCCAUCGAGAGGUACUGCGGCCACGGGCGGGCGUCGCCAGGGGGGAUGACUGCGUGGACUGAAGAGGAAUGUCGCAGCUUUGAGCACGCACUCGUGCUUUUUGGAAAAGAUUUUUAUCUUAUACAGAAGAAUAAGGUGAAAACCAGAACCGUUGCCGAAUGCGUGGCGUUCUACUACAUGUGGAAGAAAUCCGAGCGCUAUGACUACUUUGCUCAGCAGACGAGAUUUGGAAAGAAACGGUACAACCACCACCCUGGAGUCACGGACUACAUGGACCGGUUGGUGGAUGAAACGGAAGCCCUGGGCGGGACGGUCAGUUCCCCUGCUCUGCCCCCCAACCGCCCCGAGCCUGUUCCCGACCCGCCGUUGAACCUCCUCAGCUCCUUUGCCGCCGGGGACCUGACAGCCCUGGCUGGCGGCGUGGCGCCCGGUGGCAGCCCCGCAGACGGCAACUGCCUGGACGACGGCUUCCCUGCCCUGGGCAGCGCGCCGCGCGCGCAGGCGAGCCACGUGCCCGUGGGCGCUGAGGAGCUGCUGGCCCUGCCCAGCAGCGGGGAGGGCGACUGUUUUAACUUAUUUGAGACUGGAUUUUACCCCUCGGAGCUCAACCCCAUGAACCUUUGCGGCGAGGAGUCCGAAAGGCCCGCGAAGAGAUUGAAAAUGGGCAUCGCUGUUCCCGAACCCUUUAUGAACGAAGUUUCUGUCAGUAACUUGGGUGUGGACUUUGAAAACCACACGCACCACAUCGCCAGCGCCAAGAUGGCCGUGUCUGUGGCUGACUUUGGCAGCCUGUCCGCCGGCGAGACCAAUGGCUUCAUCAGCGCCCGCGCCCUGCACCCGCACGCCGCCCUGCACUCGGAGUGAGCGGCCGGGCCGGGCCGGGCCCGCCGCGCCAGCGGACGCAAGGGCGGGUCAGCUUUGCUUAGUCUUUCACUGGAAGCGCGAACGCCUUCACUACGACAUCAGUGAUGUCGGCAUGUACAAGAGCUAUGUCUUGAUUUAUCAAGAGUAUUCACGUUUCUGUCCGUAAAUGUGGAAAGGAACGGUGAUCCGCAGAGUUGGGGACGAAGACUGAACUUGGGUGCGGCUUCACGCUCCACUUCUCUCCUCCUCGUCACCUGGCACCCCGUCCCCAUCCCUUGGCUCUCUGUCCCCUUCUCCUCCCCGAGCGAAAAUCUGCAGAUGGGCCACCGGCCUGAGACCAGCACAGGUGUCUGAACUGGACGGAGUGGCUUCCCUUUGUGUGAACUCCCUUUGCCCUAACGGAUGCAGUGGAAUCACAAUGUUUACAGGGACCGGUCCUGAGCCCUGCUAAAUGUAGCAUUUUUUGGUUUUCUUAAUUAAAUAAAAGCAGGGGUAGGUUUCUUUAAACUGCACAAACAUGCAAGGAUUUUUUUAAAUGGAAACUUCUCUCAUGUUAUUCAACUAGAGCACUUGGGUUUACAGAGCAGCGAGGGCCGCGUGCGGUGAGGACGACGCGCAGACCCCGCCUCGGCACCCCCGUCUGGGCUGCCUUCCACAGAGCCGCACACUUGCUGUCGGGAGGCUCGGCGUGACUUCAUCUAUGGGCUGCAGACCCCUGUCGAGAUGGUAGUUGUAAAAAUUGCACCGGCCGUUGAUGGGUCAGCUCCUGCCGGCUGCCGGGCACAGCCGCAGCCUGGGGUGGGCAUUGCCGCGCGUGGGGUUUACAUUUUGAGGUGCUGGUAGCGCUGCAGUUCAAAGUGUUACUGUUUAGGUGGGGCUUCUAGAUUUUACACGUGAUGCAGGAGCGCCUUGAAGUCCAUUUAAACGCUUGUGUUUAGCUGGAACAGUUGGCAAGAAAAAUGUGAGUUACUAUCUGAAGUAGAUGUGUCUCAAACUCUGUGAGUGAGAAGCCAGUCAGAACCCUUGGCGUGUUCACCCUGUAGACAAGCACCGUGGAGUGACAAGGUGGCAUCAAACCAUAGGUAAUACAGUGUUAGGACUCAAUAAGCUUUGCUUUUAUAUUUCAGUUAAAACAGGAUUUUCUUUUUUUAAAAUUUGCACCACUUUAAAAUUUUCAGUUUCUGCUAGUUGUUUUGCAGAAAGCUUAAGCGCCUGGCUGCAUGGCUGGCCUGUGCCAGUGGCUGUCCCUUCAGCUGUGCCAGUGAGCAGGGCAACGGGAGGGGGCAGAGGGAGGGUAUUUAUUACACAGACUGUGAACUGCAGCGCCGUCCCCCGCCGGGACGGUGUGUGUGCUUGUUGUUCUUUGCAGCAUUGUGAUGAAGAUUGCUUUCGAGUGUUUACACAGUAUAGCACAUGUACCACAAAAUGUAGUUGAGCGCAGUGGACAGAAGUGGGUGAAUUAGUAACCUCAAGUGGGUCUGACUUGUACCCCUGGAGUCAAGCGUUCCCGUGGGUGCCCAGGUGGGGCGCCGCCCUCAGAGGGUUCCGUCCAUGUGCUCAGCCUCUCAGUGCAGUGACGUGUCCUCCAUGCCGGGCCUGGCUUCUUUUGAUAAAAAUCAGUACGUCUAUAAUUCAGUGAGAUUCUAGCCGUAACCUUCCAUCGUUGCCCCUCUAACAUCCACGCUGGGUCCGCAGCGGCUGCGCUGUGUGAGUGACUCCACGGGGCACCUGCGUGCUGUUCCAGGGAGCUGCGGCGCCUUCCUCGCUGUCCCUGUGCAUCGCAGGGGUCUCGGUACAAGGUGGGACCGCUUCUCAUCUAAAGGUUUGAUUGUCAGCAAGCUGAAUGGACACUUUAGGUAUUUGAAUAAACAUUUUUGACCAAAUCCAGAAAAUGAUAUGAGAGAAAAAUAAAUUCCAGCUACUUUCAUAGGUGUUUAAAUGCCAAUCUGGCUCAGCCUCUUAGAGAGUGCUGGCUGGCUGGUGACGUUUACUUUUAAUUCCUUGUUAAAAUGAGGCAAUAAUUUGCAAGAUUUUUGUAUAUAUGUGUAAAUUCUUCAUAUCUUUUUAGAUCUAAUUCACUAUUUUCUGACUGCUUUCGCCAUGUAUAAUACCAUUUUUGUGCAUGCUCGAUGUGACAUACAUAAACUACCACUAUGACUUUAUCCAUGUAAAAUAGCUAUUUAUUGAAUUUUCUUUUACAAGUUGGAUUUACUGUCUUUCCACCUUUCCAUUUAAGCAUCUUAGCACGGAAUUUGUUACUGUUUAUUAGAAGAAUUGCGUUUCAGAGCGUGAGAAUAACUGGUUUGCAGUCGUGUGAAGAAGUAAUAAUGCCUUUAUCAUCAAGUGUUAAGCACAAUUCUUAUAACAAACUGUGAUAAAUUCUUUUUUUGUUGUUUUUUGUUGGGUUUUUUUUUCCUGCAUUAUUUUCACAUGAACAAACCAAAAAUCCACGGUGAGCAGCUGCGGGGCCA